UUGAAGAAGUGAUGUACAAACAGUAAUCGUAUCGAAGUGCGAGGUAACACCAGAUCAGUGCAUUUUAUAUUCCAAACAACAAUGAAGACAUUUCUACUUAUUGCGUUUUUGAUAACAAUAUCCUACGCCGCUGAUCGUGAAAAAUUGAAGUUAUUCUAUCAAAUCCACCAAAAAUGUCUCAAGGAACAGAAUGCACAAGAUUUUACUCCAGAAGUGGUCCGAUGUAUAUUCUACGAUCGUGAAAUAGUUGACGAUAAGGCUGUAAUUAUAAAAGAUAAACUUUUUACACAUUACGGAUAUAUAAUUUCCGAUGAGAACAAAUUAAAUCAAGCAAAAGAGAUCUUUAAUAAGUGUGACGAACAAGCAAAACGAGCGUCAGGAACUAACGAGGAGAAGCUUAUGUUAACUAUUUCAUGCACAAUGCCAAUAAAAGAUCUACUCGACAAACCCCCGCAAUGAAAA